UAUCCCUAUACCACUACAAUGGCGGUUGUUCUGCCCGUUUUUUUCCCAGUGGAUCCCCGCCACUCUCCGCCCUCUGCUCAAACAAUCUCACAUGUUUUUUCCUUUUCUACAGUAAUAAUGGCUGGAAUGAAGAGAAAAAGCAGAGAAGGAAACAAGGGAAAAGCCGCCUUUAAGAAGAAGAAAAAUCAAAGUUCAAGUGGAGGUGCUGAUGGUAGAAGAAAGAGGACGGGUCCGCGUUUACCUAAUGCGAUGUUAAAGGAACUUCAAUUACCGAAAAGGUAUACAGAUUCCGAUGAUGAUGAAAUUGGUUCGGGUGAUGGUGAUGAUGUUGUUGUUAAUAAUGAUUUAUAUGAGUAUGAAGAAGGUGUUGCUGAAGAAGAGUCUAAGAAGAAUCGUAGAUUUGAUCCCGUUCAAAAUUAUCAAUACGAGCUUCCUGAUGAUUUUGAGGAUGAAAAUGUACCAUCGGAUGAAGAAGAUGGCGAUGAUGAUGAGGAUGGUCAAAGAGGAGAUGAUGACGAGGAGGAGGAAGAGGAUGAUGGAAGGCAUUCACGAUUAUUGCAAGAAAUUACUGGACUUCCAACUGAUGCUUUUGAUGGGAAGAAGAAGAAAAAUGAUGUUAUCAUAUCUGAGGCGUAUUCAGAGUCUGAGUAUAAUCCCAGUCGUGACAUUUUGGAUGGGGAUGGCCGCAUUAGCAUCCAGGAUCUUCUGGACCCCCUCCACGGGAAACCUGACCACGGGAAACUUAGGAAGAGCAUGAGUCGGAUGGAGAAGAAGUCCAUGCCCAUUCAUGCACCUCUACCGAAAACAGAUCAAGAAAGAUUGGAAAGACGUGCAGCUUAUGAUGUUGUCCAGGGGGAUGUUACAAAAUGGGAACCUCAUGUCAAAAGAAACAGAGAGGCACCGACUAUAUAUUUUGAUGAAGAUAAGGAUGUGGGAUUUUCUACUGUAGGAGCAAUAGCUGCCGAAUUUGAACCAAGAAGUGAUUUUGAGAAAAAAAUUGCUUCUCUUUUCAAUGACCAUGAAGUUGUUGAAGCUCAUAGAAAAGAUGGUGCAAGACUUCUUGAACUUAAUAAGAUAUCUGUAGAAGAUGUGAGGGAGCGCCAAGAUCAACUUGCUAAGAUGCGUAUUCUUCUUUUCCGACAUGAAAUGAAGGCAAAACGAGUCAAGAAGAUAAAAUCUAAAGUGUAUCAUCGUUUGCAAAAAAAAGAUAGAUUGAAACAAGCAGGUGCUGCAAUUGAAACAGAUCCAGCAGCAGCGAAAGAACAGGCAAUGAAGCAAGAAUUCAAAAGGGCAGAGGAACGCUUGACCCUGAAGCACAAGAACAGCUCCAAGUGGGCAAAGCGCAUCUUGAAACGUGGCUUAGAUGUGCAAGAUGAAGGAACACGAGCUGCUAUUGCUGAACAACUGAAUCAACAUGCCCUUUUGUCCAGAAAAGCAAAUAACAUGAAAGAGAGCAGUAGUAGUGAAGAAAGCAGUGAUGAGGAUGACCUUGAUGAGACUUCUGAUGGAUCAGAUCAGGAUGUUGCAGUAAAACUGUUGAAGAAAGCAAAGGACAAGACCGCUGAAGUGUUAGAAGGGGACGAAGAAUUGCCAGCGUCAGGAGUGCUUUCCUUACCUUUCAUGGUCCGUGGAAUGAAAAGAAGGAAAGAUGCGGCUGAUGAGGAAGCAAAGCUUGCUCUAGAAGAGUAUGAGUCGUCAUUGAAGGAAUUAGAAGAUAAAAACAAGACGAAAACUCAAGGAACAAAUAUUUUGACUGGUAGGAGGGUUUUUGGUGCUCAAAAGAAGCAGGCACCUGAGCCCAAAACGAAAGUGACAUCAGACAAUUACUAUGGUGACAGUGAUAGUGAAGGUGAGACAGAUGCCAGAGAAAUUGGCAUCGGUGCUUGUGAAGAAAAUAAUUUUUCUGGGAGGGAAGUUCAUUUUGAUCCCAAUUCGCUUCGUGAAGAGUCUGAGAUUGCUCAUGAUUCUCUGUUUAAGAGUUUUGAUGACGUUGCUAGAGACCCAUCCUCAAAGACAUCAUACGAAGUUUCCAUUUCUGCAGACGACUCGUGGAAAAAGAUGAAUGAUUCAUCAGUUAAACGGAAGCAGACAAAAUCUUCAAAUGCAAAAAGUGCAAUCUCCUUGCAGGUCACAGAACCUGUUGAAAUUGAUGAGGAUAGCGAUACAGAUAGUGGAGGAGAAAUGGUUGAUGGGAUUUUAACUUCUGGGAUCAAGUCCACGUAUGAAAUCCCAUCACAAGAAGAACUUAUUCGGCGUGCUUUUGCUGGUGAUGACGUUGAGGACGAAUUUGAGAGAGAAAAACAAGAUGCUUUGAAUGAGGAAGUUCCAGAGCCCGAGAAGCCCGUUUUACUGCCUGGUUGGGGCCAGUGGACCAGUAUACAAAAGAAGAGAGGUCCGCCUUCUUGGAUGCUUCAAGAACAUGAUAAUGCCAAAAAGAAAAGGGAAGGAGCUCUCAAGAAGAGAAAAGAUGCAAAUCUGAAUCAUGUUAUCAUCUCCGAAAAGAGGGAUAAGAAG